CAUGUCAUAAUUAUCAGAAAAUCCAAAUUAAAAAUUUCCAACACAUUUUCAUUGCGAUUCACAUUGAUUGUUUGUGUUGUUCGAGUUGAACGCAGUGUUGACUACGCACUAGUGCUGCUACUUGAAAUAAUUGACAGGUGUUCCGCCAUUUUGUUUUUUUUCGUUUAAAUAUGUGACAAAAAGAGGUCGCUAUCGUUUGAAGAGCUUUGGAGUUGGCAUUAAUUGUUGUCAAAUGGAUUUAUCAUAUUAUAUAUGUUUUGCAUUCUAAUCGAAUCAACACACUUGUGUGAAAGUACAGAGAAAAAAAUUGUCUCAAAUUACGAUUCAUUUUUUUUUGUAUCAUUCAACCGUGAAAAAGAGCUCAAUUUGAACGAUGGGUGAAAACCGUUCGGAAAUUUUGGCUGCAACUCAGAAUGGUCAAGUGAAAAGUGUUGAUAUUGUGCAGGCGAAAAGAAAGAGAAUGAUGUUGGCUGAAGUAUACGUGCAUAAAAGUCGAAAAAUGGACACGGAUGCAAACAAAGACGAUCACUUUGAAGUAUUCCACAUCUAUGAGUUCGACGACAACGAUUCGAAUACGAAAAUCACACCGAAACUGUCAACCAACUGCACGGAACCGCGAAAAAUUAUUGAAGUGCUGCAAAACUCAACUGGAUCUGACACACCGCAGCUGCAACGAUUGAUUGAAAAGCUGUGCGCACAAAAUAAAAAAUGGACGGAAAAUCAGAAAAAUAAAUGCACCACAUCAAAUGUGGCCAAUGGCACCAAUGGUAAUAAGACUACACAAGCUGGAUCAAUUGCUCAAGCGGUAACUCCUACGAUUACUGUCGCAUCCGCGAUGCCAGCCACUCCUGCGUCAUCACCGGUGAUUCGGGUUAAAGCAUUAGAAAGUAUGAAGCAAACCAAUCAAACAAAUGCGGCAAAUACACCGAAGAUUGUAAACACUCCCAUAGCAACGAAGCCAACAGCACCCGUACAAAGAGUGAGCCAACCAGCAUCCGUUCACCGAUUGCCGACAUUGCGGCCAAGUGAAAUCCCCAAAAACGGUGCUGAAUCCGAAAGGCGGCCAAUUGCCAGCAACAAAAAGACUUCCGACAACAACCCGGUUAAACUUUGGAACAAUGUGAUCCAGAAAAAUAACACGGGAAAAGAUCUCGACUAUCUUGUGUUGGCAAACACAGAAGACACUGGUGCCGACGAGUCGGUCUUCUGCCUCAAGCCGACAAAAGAAGUGAUCGAACAUGCAACUGAAAAUAGUUCAUUGUUGAAAAUUGACCAAGUGUAUGAAUGCGUUAGCGAUGAAUUUGUCGAGGAUUUAUUGGUGGAAAAGCGGCCGACAUCAGCGAGCCCACUUUUGGAUACGUUAGUCAAAGAGGUUGCGGAUAACCACAAUAAACCAGUUGCCAUCAAGAAUGGUGUACAAACCAAAAGAGCGGCCCUUCCUUUAACUUUCAUCCCUUCCACUAACAACAAGUGCACUGACUUCCGAUGCAACAUUUGUUUGGACUUCAAUGAAACAUUUGAGGAGUUCAAGACGCACAUGUUCCGUAAACAUCAAUACAACUUCCUUUGCGAGAAAUGCCAUGAUGUAUUCCGAACCCGGCAACUAUUUGAACUUCAUUUGAAUGCAGCAACCAACGAAUGUACCAACCCGGAAAAUUCGAAACGUACGUUCAUCUGCAUCGUCGAUCCACCGGUCAUUCUGAUGAAAUCAAACAAAGUGUUCGCAUUCAGAUGCAAACAUUGCAGCAUCGCAUUCCACAACCAAAGAAACUAUGUCCAGCACGCCCAGCGCCAUGCCAAACUGUUCCGCUGCAAACUUUGUCCACAAGCAAAAGCCAUGCCAGCGAAUGCAAUGCAAAAUCAUUUGAACCAACAUUAAUGCAUUAAUAAUCAUAAUUACCGGGACUGAGUUUUUUUUCUCAUAUCGAUAUUAUUUAUUGAUCCAUUCAGUAAAAACAAAUAUAUAAAACAUAAAACAAUAUAGAAUUAAGUUAUAUAGUUUUUUUUAACUUCGAAUUUUAAAAGAAGUCGACAUUAAUUUUUCAUGCUUGUUCACCAAUUGGCUUUAUAAUUAACUCGUGAACCUGAAAAUAAAUAAAAAAACAUAAGAAUUUUAUUAAA